GUUGAGGCCGUUUUUGCCACCCGACGCAUCACUUCCCAAGUCACCCGGUUUUCCUAUGUUGUCCAGCAUCCUCUUUGUGAUGUAGCAAGAGAAUUUGAAGAUCUGUUGGAAGAUAUUCCUAAGGAAAAUCCGUAUGACGCCCUUCGGGCGGCCGUCAUAAGUAGGACAGGGAAAUCAGAAAACAAAGUGCUUCGGGAUCUAUUCACCACUGUCGAACUUGGGGACAGAUCGCCAUCACAAAUGCUGCGCCACAUGCAUUCUCCUAUGCGACCUGCUGUUAAUCCUGCAACCAAGGUUCUCACCCCCGAUUUAGCUGACCCAUAUGCUGCCCUGAUCAGGGAAUACAAAGACUUAUUCCAACCUUCAGCUUUUCCAACGCAACUGCAUCACGAGAUCACACACAAGAGUUUCACCACCGGAAAUCCUGUGUCAUUGUGCCCUCGUCGUUUAGCACCAGACAAGCUGGCUACAGCCAAACGUAGCUUGAGCACAUGCUCGAUUUGGGCAUUAUACUUAUUCUUGGACAUCACCACUUAA